AUGUCGUCUUUCACACCAAUCAACGCUAAGCCGUUGGAGAAGAAGCAGGGCGCUCCACACAGACACUGCUACUUGUGCGCUGUCACGGGGUCCCCGGGGGAGCCCUGCAAGCACGCAGAGCGACCCGUCGUCGAGAAAGGGGCCAGUGUGGGAAGCUCUGGCAGCACCAACAGUACCAGCAGCACCAGCACCAUCAUCAACAGCGGAAAGGUCAACAAUCGGAAGAUAUGUGCUAUAUGCAACCGCGAGUACAACAUGAGCAACUUCAGGGAUCACAUGAAGAUCCACUACCUGGAAGCUCACGGGGUAGCAGCCUGUGUUCCUUGCCAAUGCUGCAAGGCCGGACAGUGCAUUGUGGCUCGUUCUCCAACGGAAAUCGAGACGUACGCCUGCAUUAGUUGUCUCAAGUCCCAUAGAACAUGCAGCCUCAAUGAGCUUAAGACGAAGAAGGGUGAAAAAUGCAAACCCGGAACGCAUCCCGCUCUUCUGCACCCGGUAUAG